AUGUUUAAAUCACUGACAAUAAAAUUCAACAAGGUGAUGCCUAUAGGAAAGAACGAUGGUAAUGAACAAGGUUCUCAUCCGAGCAAUCAGUCUCAGCCAUCCACAAAGCAGGAAGAAAACAAAAGUGAAAAGAAAUCUCUCAAAACCAAGAUGACUCCAGUCACAUUGGAAAAGUCACACACCAAAAUACAAGAUAAAACCUCUGAGAAAAAUUCUUUCAGAGAUCUGACCACAAACCCUGACCCUCAAAAUCCAGUAGAACCAACCAGAACAAUGCCAGAGCAGAAGGAACUAGGAAUUGAGGAAAAAGGUCCAAUCAGCCCCAAAAGCAAACCGCUUGGAGCCCCUGUUAUAAAUGAGUAUGCUGAUGCCCAGCUACGCAACCUGGUGAGAAGAAUGCGUCAAAGAACACUCGUCUACAAGAGAAAGUUGGUAGAGGGAGAUAUAUCCUCACCCGAAGCCAGCCCGCAAGCUGCAAAGCCCAUAGCUGUAUCAUCAACACAAGAAAGCAAUGCUAAGCUAACAAAAGAACAAUACUACAGCAUGUUGUGUUGCAAAUUCCAGAAGAUGCCUCUGACAGAGUACCUAAAGCGAAUUAAACUUCCAGAAAGUAUAGAUUCCUACUCAGAUCGACUCUAUCUCCUGUGGCUCCUUCUCAUCACCCUUGCCUACAACUGGAACUGCUGGCUUAUCCCGCUGCGCCUCGUCUUUCCAUAUCAAACACCAGGCAACACACCCUACUGGCUUAUCACAGACACUAUGUGUGAUAUCAUCUACCUUUGUGAUAUCCUUUUUGUCCAGCCCAGACUCCAGUUUAUAAGAGGAGGAGAUAUAAUAGUGGAUUCAAAUGAGCUAAAGAGACACUACAGGAGUUCUACAAAAUUUCAGGUAGAUGUAUCUAAGACUAACAUACUUUUGGAUUUCUUUUGCUUGUUUUCUACAUAGUACACUUCAUUUUUUGAGUUUAAUCAUCACCUAGAGUCUAUAAUGGACAAAGCGUACAUCUACAGAGUCUUUCGAACAACUGGAUACUUGCUGUUUACUCUGCACCUUAAUGCCUGUAUUUAUUACUGGGCUUCAAACUAUGAAGGAAUUGGCACUACUAGAUGGGCAUAUGAUGGUGAAGGAAACAAGUAUUUGAGAUGUUAUUAUUGGGCAGUUCGAAGUUUAAUUACCAUUGGGGGGCUUCCAGAACCAGAAACUUUAUUUGAAAUUGUUUUUCAACUCUUGAAUUUUUUUUCUGGAGUUUUUGUGUUCUCCAGCUUAAUUGGUCAGAUGCGAGAUAUAAUCGGGGCAGCUACAGCCAACCAGAACUACUUCCGCGCCUGCAUGGAUCAUACCACUGCCUACAUGAACAAUUACUCCAUUCCUAAAAGUGUACAAAAGCGAGUUCGGACUUGGUAUGAAUACACAUGGGCCUCUCAAAGAAUGCUAGAUGAGUCCGAUUUGCUUGAGACCCUGCCAACUACAGUACAGUUAGCCCUCGCCAUCGACAUGAACUUCAGCAUCAUCAACAAAGUUGACUUAUUCAAGGGUUGUGACACACAGAUGAUUUAUGACAUGUUGUUAAGAUUGAAAUCCACUGUUUAUUUACCUGGUGACUUUGUCUGCAAAAAGGGAGAAAUUGGCAAGGAAAUGCACAUCAUCAAACAAGGAGAAGUCCAAGUCCUCGGAGGCCCCGAUGGUGCUCAAGUUCUGGUCACUCUGAAAGCUGGGGCCGUGUUUGGAGAAAUCAGCCUUCUAGCAGCAGGAGGAGGAAACCGUCGAACUGCCAAUGUGGUGGCCCAUGGAUUUGCAAAUCUUUUAACUCUGGACAAAAAGACUCUCCAAGAAAUUCUAAGUCAUUAUCCAGAUUCUGAAAAGGUCCUCAUGAAGAAAGCCAGAGUGCUUUUAAAGCAGAAGGCUAAGGGCGCAGAGGCAACCCCUCCAAGGAAAGAACUUGCCUUUCUCUUCCCACCGAAAGAAGAGACACCCAAAUUGUUUAAAACUCUCCUGAGUGGUGCAGGAAAAGCAAGUCUUGCAAGACUACUCAAUUUGAAGAGCGAACAAACAGCUCAGGAAAAAAAGGAAAAUACUGAAGGAGGAGAGGGUAAAGGAAAAGAAUAUGAAGAUAAAAAAAGAGAGCCUGCAGAAGAACCACCAGAUAGAUCCAAAGGUACAGCGAGUUCUAUUACAAUGGAGGAAAAGCCCCUGUCUAUUAAAAGGGCAGUUUUACCCAGAGGAACUACCCGUCAAUCACUCAUCAUCAGCAUGGCUCCUUCUGCUGAGACUGGAGAAGAGGUUCUGACUAUUGAAGUCAAAGAAAAGGCUAAGCAAUAAAUGUUUGAUUAUC